AUGGAAGGAGAUGGGGGCCCUCCAGACAAGAAUUACAGAGGUGGAAGGCAGAGAGGGAGCCACCCAAAACCAAAUACAAGACCUCUCACAACAGGUCCAAAGUCUAACAAGAAACUUCACAACAAUGGAAGUGAGGCACAGAAAGCGGAAUGUCCACCUGUGGGGCAUCCCACAAUGGUCAAUGACCUACUACCAUUUCUACAAAAACUGAUAGCCACAAUUGGCAUCAAAGGCGACACAAACCCAAGCACACUGGUUACAGCAUUCCGAAUCCGUAAAGCAGCGGCCGCCCCCAAACGACGCACCCAGGGACACUAUAGUUGUGACCAGGGAUGUAGCGACGCAGGCCGCAAUUCUGUCCUGCUCAAGAGAAAUGAAUAG